UAUUCCAUAAUGACACAUUUCGAGCCGGAAAUAACGACCCUGGUUCGACUUGUGAGUUAUUUUACUGUAAUAGACCGUGUGUGUAGUGUACUCUCAAUUGUAAUAUCAACCAGUCACAUUAAGUUAGUUAAAUAUUAGUAUUUCGUGAGUUCGUGAGACACAACAGGUGGGAUGCUGAGUUCCAAGCUGUUGACUCUGGUGAUAGUGGUCCAGCCUGGCAAGGUCCUGCUGGGAAUGAAGAAGCGAGGAUUCGGGGCUGGAUGGUGGAAUGGUUUCGGGGGAAAAGUGGAAGAUGGAGAAACUAUUGAGGAAGCAGCAAAGAGAGAACUCCUUGAAGAAAGUGGCCUCACCACGGAUGCUCUCGAAAAGGUUGGAAAUAUAAAGUUCGAGUUUGUCGGCGACACGAAGCUGCUGGACGUUCAUAUUUUUAGAGCCGACUCGUACACCGGAGAGCCAACUGAAACAGAAGAAAUGAGACCCCAGUGGUUCGACUUCGACAAAAUCCCCUACAACCAAAUGUGGCCCGACGACUACAUGUGGUACCCGCUGCUGCUGCAGAAGAAGAAGUUUUUGGGCUACAUGGUCUUCCGGGGCAACGAUGUGAUGCUGAGCCACAAGCUGGAGGAGGUGGAUGAGCUGUGAGGGGAAGGAGACGGCGGCAGGCUGUGUGGGAGGCGUCACAUUGCUCAGUGAAUGUUGGACGUACUGAUGUAAAUAUGUAUACUGUAAAACUGGCUGGAUGAUUCCUUGAAAUAUUACCAGCUGGAAUUGAAUUCUGAAUCUGAAUUGAUGUAAUUAGAAAGUGCACUUUGCUGAGAAAUUGACCCAAGAGAUGCUGUCAGAGCUAAAAAAAAAUUUGCUAUUCCAUAAAUACCAGCAGCACAGGAUGGCAUCUCAGUAUUGUGAUUGAACUCAGAUUGCUAUGAUCUCCCUCGGAUGCCAUGUGACAUCUUUCCACCUGUACAAAAAGGGCAAUAUGGAACACACAAUUCUUUUCAAAUCCAUCCAUGGUUUAGCUUUUAAGCACCAUAAAAUGAGGACAAAUUACCUCUUUGGACACAUUAACAUUAGUUUGACUGCCAGUCUUUCCGUAUUCACACAAAAACUGAGGCAUUUCCACUUUUGUGCAUUUAUUUUUCAGCAAGUAUCACUCAAGCUUAUUCAUUUGCAUAUAUUUGUGGAGGAUGGAAGCUGUGCAAUUGUGACCAAAGUUGUUCUUUUAUCUUCUCUUCUCUCUUCUCAACAUCAAGAAUAGUGUUUAUCGGGUUCAUACAACUUAUUGCACAUACAGUGACAGUAUCGAUGCUAGCGUUCUCGUAGAAGUGCCGUUCAUUCAGUAACUCUGUUAUGCAAGUCUGAGCUGAGGCACUUGGAAUUAGCUUAUGAAACACACCUGGGAGUCAUUAGAAACAGUAUAACCUCAGCAGGAUACCGAUGUCUACGGUCCAAGAAAUAGUAUAUAAACAAAUAUGAUCAGAUUUGUAUACUGUAUCAAAAAAUCCUUCUCAAGUCAAAACACUGGAGUGAUCAAAAGCAUUCCUAAUAAAGUUAAACAUUUUGUCUUAA